AUGCCUGCUACACUCACUAACGAGGAUGAGGCCACUAAGACCGUUCUGGAGUCGCUCGACGAUCUCCCACCCACCUCCUUCCUCGCACCUUCGUCGGACCUUUCGCAGCAGCUUUGCACCGCAGUGAAGGCUCUCUUCGACACCGGAAUGUCCAACCUGGACGCCGCAAAGGACGCCGCACUUGACGCCGCAUCUGGCGGAGGGAAAAAAGGAGCGUCCGGUUUUACCAAAUCACAGUCGUUAGCCCCGGAAAGGAAGCUUCCUGGGCUUUUCGUCGAUGGAUUUGAUUCGGAGCAGAUCUGGUGCCAGCUGGACCUCGCUAUGGCGCCGACACUUCCCCGCAUUCGACGGCGGCUGAAACGGGCGGAGGAGCUCAUGGAAGGGAAGGCGGGAGGGCGGAAGAAGGCACAGAAGAAGAAGGCACUCCUAGAUGGCGCCAUGAUCAGAUAUGAGGACUUUUUUGGGAGGAAGGCGCCGGAGAGCCAUCUCGAGGCGGAUCGGGCGAUGAGGGGCGAGGAGGAGGAGGAUGUGGAAGACGUGGAGGUGGAGGAGUGGGAGGGGGAGGGGGAAGAGGAGGAAGAGGAGGAAGAGGAUGGAGACGAGGGGGAGGAUGAGGAGGAAGAGGAAGAGGAUGGGGAGGAGGAGGGAGGGGAGGAAGGAGGGGAGGAGGGGAAGGCAGUUGUAGCGAGAAGGAAGAAGGGGUUGCUGGAUGAGGAGGAGGAGGGUGGAGAGAAGGAGGACGAGGAGGUGCGUUACGACCCAGAAGUGAGAACUCUCAACAUUGACACUACAGCCCUCUUCCCCCCCACUACUUUAAAAUGUGCCUGCCUGCUCUCCCCAUCCUCUUGCCCGGUUCUGCCCUUUGUUGCGCCCACAGCCCAAGUUGCUGUACGAGAUUCGGCUGGAGCGCCUGAGGUGAAGGCGCCUGAGCCCGCAUUCGCAUGCGGCAGCGGGAGGGGGAGGUUCUGUUCCGAGUCCCAUGCAAGCAGAGCCUUUUCUGUGCGGCCCUCCUGCUCCCCCUUCGCGCCCCUCUCUCCUGGCCCUGCUUAUAUUGCAGCCCAAGUCGCUGUACGAGAUUCGGCUGGAGCGCCUGAGGUGAAGCGCAUGCGGCAGCUGGAGGAGAAGAACCUCUGGGAGUCGCUUUAUGAAAUCCGCCUGGAGCGGCUGAGGAAGCGCAUGCGCCAGCUGGAGGCGGAGAACCUCCACGUGGAGGCGCGCCAUUGGACGAUGCGCGGCGAGGUGACAGCUGGCAGCCGCCCGAAGAACAGUGCGCUGGCGGCCGACCUGGACUUUGAGCACGCCGCCCGGCCGGCGCCCGUGAUUACAGAGGAGGUGACUCAAACGAUUGAGGAGAUCAUCAAGAAGAGGAUUCUCAACCAACAAUUUGAUGACGUGGAGCGCAAGGCGAAGCCUGUUGCGACACCUGUCAAGGGCAGAUUGGAGCUGGACGACAACCCCAGCGCGCAAGGCCUGGCGGAGAUCUACGAGGCUCAGUUCCUCAAGGCGGCUGGUCAGGCACCCGAGGGGAUGAGCGCCACAGAGCAGAUCAAAUACGAGGCGGCCCGCAUGUUCAAGCAUCUGUGCACCAAGCUGGACGCACUCUCUCACUUCCACUUCGCUCCCAAGCCGAUCAUGGAUGACAUUGACGUCACAGCCAACGUGCCAGCCAUUGCAAUGGAGGAGGUACGUUUGGUGGCGCUAGUGGCGGUGUCAACAGCAAGCAUGCUGGCGCUAGUGAAGGUGUUUGCAGGCGGGGAGGAGAGGAGGGCGUGGGGAUGGCCCUUUCUCCCUGUCUCAUUGCCCCCCUCUCCCUUCCAAUCCCUUUCCCCACCUUCCUCUCCAUUCCCCCAGGUGGCGCCAGUGGCGGUGUCAACAGCCAGCAUGCUGGCGCCAGAGGAGUCCCCAUUCUGUCUAAACUCUCCCGACACAUUUCCCCUCUCCCCUGCUCUCGCUCCUCUCCAUGGUGCUUGUGCAGGAGAGAAGGCCGAAGACCAGAAAACCUCCCAGGCAGUCCCAGGCACGGCAUCUGGUGUGGGUGGUGCUGCUGCUGGCAGUGGUGGGCGCAAGAUACGGGUGGUGGAGAAGGGGCAGCAGAAGCAGGGCCUAUCAGAUUUCACCAAUUCAACAAAGGUCUUCUCACACAUCCAGGACAUCAGAGCAUCUGGCAGCAAGAAGCAGCGGGCGGCAGCGCCAUCGCAGCUUGAGCCUCAGCAGAUUCGGGUGGCGGCACUCAAGCUGUGA